UACAAUUCUCUGGCCUCUUUUGGCAAUAGUGGGCUGUUUGGGCCUAUUGUGCUUAGUCAUUCACUUGGGAUACAUACUAAUUAAGCCCCUUUCCAGGUAUAGGUUUUAUACAUACAUUUAUACACACUUAAAUACAUACACUGUAGAUACCUAGAUUAAUACCCAUGCCUCGGAGUAGACUUCGUAUGAUUUCUGCUUUAGGGGGCGCAAUACGUGCCAUGUGUCACGUCCUCAUUGGUACACGAAGGCACGGUAAUUUUGCCCACAACAUUUGCCCCUCAAGAAGGGCAUUUCUGGAAACACAUUCCGGAGCUUUCAUAGGCGAUUUCCGGCGUGUUCCUACCACCAUCAGGCGAUUUCCGGCCACCAGGAGACUCAUCCUUUUCCUCGUCACACUCAUCCCGUUCUUCGCGAAACUCAUCUCGUUCUUCGCGAAACUCAUCCUGUUCUUCACCAAGUACUUCGCAGAUCUUUCAAGAGGAAGGAAUGAGCAAGCUAUCGGCGGCGGAUAUUGGGAAGGGCGAUAUGACCGAUUGGAUGGCGGACAUCUAUGAGGCCAAGAUGCAGAAAGCCAAGGCCGAGUUGGAGGAGAAGGUGAGUAUUCUCUUAGGUUGUCGUUUUUUUUUUCUUUUUUGCAAGUUAAACUUCUCCCGUCCAGCGUCUAUAGUGGACGUCUUUUUAGUGACGAGCCGAUAUCCUGAUAUCUGACCCGUGUUUGCUAAGGUAGGCCUCGUCACUUUUUAUUGACAGGCCCCUUAGUUAGCGAUUUUUCAAGUGACUCGUGAUUGAUAGAGUACGCCUCGUCAUUUUUGGGACGGGCGUCCUUUUUAAUGACGAGCCACUUUUCUGCGAUUGACUUGCCCUUGAUAAGGUACGCCUCGUCAUUUUUAAGACGGGCGUCCUUUUUAAUGGCGAGCCACUAUUUAUUGAGUGACUUGUG